AAAACUAUGACAGACGAUUAUUAUUAUUCGAAAGUUUUCAUCACAAAACCGGCUCCAUAUUGGGAAGGUCAAGCCACAUUACACGACGAAUUCAUUACGUUGAAACUAAGCGAUUUCCGAGGAAAGUAUUUGAUAUUAUUUUUCUACCCCCUAGAUUUCACUUUCGUUUGCCCGACUGAAAUAAUAGCGUUCAAUAAAAAAUUAGAAGAUUUCAAAAAUAUCAACACGGAAAUUGUGGGUUGUUCUGUGGAUUCCCAUUACACUCAUUUGGCGUGGAUGAAUACCCCUGUAGUAGACGGCGGUUUAGGAAAAAUAGAUUUCCCUCUCCUCUCCGAUAUCACCCAUAAAAUUAGUCAAGAUUACGGCGUUUAUUUGGAUACUUUAGGACAUACCUUAAGGGGAUUAUUCAUAAUCGAUAAAAGAGGAAUCGUUCGUCAGAUUACUAUAAACGAUGUAUCUGUUGGAAGGAACGUCGAGGAGAUUAUACGACUCGUACAGGCUUUCCAAUUCACCGAUGAUAAUCACGACGUGUGUCCUGCUAAUUGGAAACCAGGCGACGCAACCGUUUCCAACAAACCGAAAAAGAAAUUUUUGGAUACGGUUUAAACUUAAUAUACAUAAAAUAAUAAAUUUACAAUUAAAAUAAAAGUUGCUCCUACAGU